UUCGUUUAUUUUUAUUAUUUUUAUUCGAGAAAGCAAAUAUAAAAAAAAUUAUACUUAGUAAGCAUGAUUUGGGGCAAACUGUUUUCCAUACUGUUUUUAAUCGCUAAAUUUUCUGAUCGGUCAUCUGCACGAGUCGGGUUCCAUAAAGAAAUUCAACUAUCUUGUGUUUCGGAUGACUUUGCCAAGGCAUUCAGCACUUUUCAUAUUAAAUACGAUGAACAAAUGUCAACUUAUAAUUACAAAUUUUACGACGGAGAGAUUGAAGCAAUCAAAGGCUUGCUUGGAGAAAGGGAAAAGAUAAUCUUUUUCUUCUUGGGGCACGAGGACUUUCUGCAGAAUCCAUCUGGAAGAAAUUUUAAAGCAGCAAGAGCACAAUUGUUGGACACAAAAGCAACCGUUUGCAUUGUUAAUUAUGAUUUUAUUUGUGGACCCAAUCUGAUAAAAGAUUUACAUUACUUUAUGGCAAUCAAGAAUCGUCUUCCUGCGGUUGUCGACAUGUCAGCAUCUUUCAUCCAAAAUAUUGUUGAUUCACCCAAACUCAAAAUCAAACUGUCUACUGUUUACCUUUCGGGAUUUUGUUUGGGUGGACAUGUCGCUGGUAAUGUUGGACAUGCAUUGAAAAAAAUUUAUAAGGGAAAAGAAGCAGCGGCAGUUAUUUGGGCAUUUGAUCCGCCGAAAUUUGGUUAUCCAUAUCCAAUGGAAGAAGGUAAACCAAGACGUGUACAAAAAGGCGACGCUGGAUUGGUGGUUGUUUUUCAUUCGUCUUCUUUUUGCGUACACGAUAAUAUUGCUGACGUGGAUGUUAUUUUGAAUGAUGGAAUUUCACAGCCAGGCUGCGAAAACAAUUUGAUUGUGUGUAGGUGCAAUCACAACGCCGCCUUCGUUCUUCGUGAAUUUAUAAUUUAUAAGAGUAAUUAUCUAUUGAAAACUAAACAAAAUAUACCGUAUGCAAGCUCGAAGAAUGGUACUUUUGUCUUGGAUUUCAUAAAUCCAUCUACUCAAUGCAAAGGUACUUACACUUUGAAAACGGGCAAGAUAUUUGGAAAUAAUAGUUAAAAAUAAAUUCAAACUCUAACUGUUACCAUCGAAGAAAAUAAUAAAUGAUGACUGAGAAUGCAUACGCCAGUCUUACUUGUGCAAAUUCUAA